AUGAUCACGUUGCCGCCUUUAGCUCCACUCCCUCCCCUGGAGGUGCAGAGGUCCAUACCAUCUGAUGAAUGGGAACUGUAUCUAGAUGCAUGGGUGCUGCUGCUUGGGGCACGACUGGACGUAUCAGCAUCGGCGUUUGAGGAAUUCGCGCCGAAGGAUGAAUCUGUGGUUCCUUUCUUGGCUUCAUAUUACGACAACCUUGCUACAUCCGGAAGUCUGAUAAACCAGUCCGGAGCAAAGUCUCGAACCUUAAGGAAGCUCUGCUUUCUACUAACACGGAGAUUGAUACUGGAGACCACUGCGGUACCCCCGAGCUUAUUAGAAUGGACAUACCUCAGCAAGCUGUGCUGCUGCUACCCCUCGAGCUCGGCAUUAAAGAAGCUCAUAAUUGAUGCAUGGGCGAAGCACGAGGAUGCGAUUACGACGAGUAUUGAGAAGGGAAAGGCCGUGGCCAUCAAACAGCUAUCAGCACCAGACUCUAUCAACAUAUCAAAGGCUAUUGCGGACAUUCGGCUACUGACGAUACUGGCAUCGUCACUCCCAGCAACUGGACAUGUGCUCAUGGCGGGAUCUGAGUUUCUAGAUACGCUCGCAGACGCAUAUCAGACCCAUAAAAGAGACGAUAUUCGCAAGACGUUGGUGGCCAAUGUCUACGUCGGCCUGACGUCCCUUUUGAGGGGCACGAAGCCGAACCUGUCUUUACUUCUGGACCAACUAUUUGGCUUGAAAGCCAGCUCUGGCGUCGGCACCCCAAAGGCGAAGAAAGAGCCGACGCUCCUCUCAGAUGUCAUCUGCAGUUCGGAUCUGCUGUCUCGGCUAGAAAGAUACCUUGUCACUCAGCCUCAGAAGCGAGGGCAAGAUCUCGCCACUAGCCUGCGCGCAUAUCAAAUCGAGUCCAAAGCAUUCCACCACCGCUAUCAAAAACCAAAGAAACGAGUCGACAAAGGCAAGGGCCGGGCAUCAGGCCUGCCUCCUAUAGAUGAGCUGCAUGCCCAUAAAAUGUCUCUAAUAACCCAAAUCCAAGACCUCUUCCCGGACCUUGGCUCCGGGUAUAUCGUCCGACUCUUAGAUUUCUACGGCGACAACCCAGAGACUGUAAUUGCACAUCUCCUGGACGGAUCCAUUCCAUCCGAACUCCAAGACCUUGACAAAUCAGAACGACUCCCUACCCCGGUAACAACAGCACACCACGACCCUCUACCGCCCAGAUCAACACCACCACCACCACCACCACCACCCACAGAACUCCCCAUUCGGAAGAACAUCUUCGACAACGAUAUUGACCUCGCCGAACUCGCCCGCUCCGACCAAGCCCCCAGCACCACCGCCGGAGCAAAGAAUGCCCUCCGCUUCGGCCGAGCAAACCCAACCCUAACAGCGGACGACCUCCUCUCAGACCGCAGCAACCACACCGCCCAAAAAGCAGCCAUCAUCUCCGCGCUUGCAGCAUUCGACUCAGACGACGACGAGCGCGAUGACACAUACGACGUCGCCGACGUCGGCGGCACCGUCGACGCAACCGACGAAGGCACUGACCAACAGCAACGAAAGUCCGCCGAUGAGCUGGAUCUCACCCUCCUCCAAGCCUACAAGUCUAACCCAGCCCUCUUCUCCCGCGACUCAGCCACUCGCCGCGGACAGCCUAGAGCAUCGCUCAGGCGCGAGACGGGCUUGACGGAUGAAGCGAUUGAGGGGUGGGCUGUUAUGCUCACGCGGGAUCCAAAACGGCUGGCGAAAUUGGAAGAUCGCUUGGCGCUUUCCGCUGCGCCUGGGGCUGGGAUGGCGCAGCCGGAGCUGGCUUCGACGUCAUAUAGGCGGCCGAAGGUUACCGGGGAUGGAGAAGAGGAGAGUGGGACCGAGGGUGAGCAGCAUGGUUCUAUGAGAGGUCGUGGUCGCGGUGGGAUUGGUAGAGGACGGGGUCGAGGGCGGGGAGGCGGGGGCGGAGGUGGAGGACCCUCCGGAAACCAGAAUACAGCUGCGUCGCGGCAGAGGAAGGAGGAGAACAAAGCGAGCCGAGCGAACCAUAACCGGCGACAGCAGAGAGCUAAAAAAGUGGCGAGAGCUGGAGGCAUGGUUGGGUGA